AUGUUUGUAAUGAAGUUACUGGAUGCACUAGCAGACGCAGCCGUUCUGCUAAUGUUCAACGUUAGCCCAACCAACUCAGGAAGUGAUAACGACGAAGAAGAGGAAACCGUCGAACACCACUUUGUUGAACCAAACAAUAUAAGUCAUAUGGAGCGUCACACGGCAUAUGCAACGGGACCAUUGGAUAUCGACGGCGGCAGCAGCGAUAGCAAUUGCGUUUUAACAGCACCAAGUAUGACAGUGACGACGUCAGCAGAUGGCAGUAGCUUCGUCCAACUGACGGAAGAGGAUAUGCAACUUAUGCCCGAGGAGCAGUCAAUCAGUGGCGGGAGCUAUGACGAGACACGCACCCCCGAAUCGGUCAAUGUGGUAAACUCUUGA